GUUCCUGCAGCACGACUGAGUCUCCAAAGAGCUGGACCGCAAGACUAUGUGAAGGAAAUCAGCAGAAGGCCAAAAAAUGAAUUCCACCGGCACAACCAUACGCCCACCUAUAAAGGGCGCUCCAUUGCUUGGAGCUCUCUUCCUACUGAUGGCGGCCCGCAUGUCUCUCUCCCGCUCUAUCCAACUCCCGCUCCACCAAAUCUGCUUACGCCGCCCUCUUCCUCUUCCCCGUAUUACCCCCGCCCAAUUCCACAAAUCCCGUGCCUGUCCCCUCUGGUCCACUUCCUUCCCUCUCUGCCUCCGGCUCCACACCCUCCGCCGCAAUUCCGCUUACCCUCCCACCGCCACCACCCGCUCAUUCUCCUCCGCUACAUCAUCGAUGCCGGUGGCGGCGGAUGCGGUAGAUAAUCCGCUGUUGAAGGACUUCGUGUUCCCGCCCUUUGACGCCGUCCGGGCAGAACACGUCCGACCGGGGAUUCGUGCCUUGUUGAAGAAACUCGAGAGUGAAAUUGUGGAAUUGGAGAAGACGGUGGAACCGACAUGGCCGAAGCUAGUUGAGCCGUUGGAGAAAGUUAUGGAUCGGCUAGUGGUUGUUUGGGGGGCUGUUAAUCAUCUUAAGGCCGUUAAAGAUACUCCUGAACUGCGUUCCGCCAUUGAAGAAGUUCAGCCAGAAAAAGUUGAGUUAGAGCUUAAGCUGGGGCAGAGUAAACCACUUCAUAAUGCAUUUAAAGCUAUAAGAGAAUCUUCUGAUUGGGAAGCCCUGAGUGAUGCUCAUAAACGUAUAGUUGAAGCUCAAUUGAAGGUGGCAAUUCUCAAUGGUGUUUCUCUUGAAGAUGAUAAAAGAGAGCGAUUUAACAAAAUUGAACAGGAAUUGGCAAAGUUAUCUCAAAAAUUUGGGGAGAAUGUUUUGGAUGCCACAAAAAAGUUUGAAAAACCAAUAGUAGACAAGAAGGAGAUCGAAGGACUCCCAGCUACUGCUCUAGGAUUGGCUGCACAAACUGCUGUUUCAAAGGGCCAUGAAAAUGCUACAGCUGAAAAUGGGCCGUGGGUGAUUACAUUGGAUGCUCCAAGUUUCAUGGCUGUUAUGCAACAUGCUCAAAACCGAACGUUGCGUGAGGAACUCUAUCGUGCUUACUUAACCCGUGCUUCUAGUGGAGAUCUAGACAAUACUGCAAUUAUUGACCAAAUUUUGAAGCUUAGGUUGGAAAAGGCUAACCUUCUUGGCUACAAAAAUUAUGCUGAGGUAAGCAUGGCCACCAAAAUGGCUACCGUUGAAAAAGCAGAAGAGCUCCUAGAAAAGCUUCGGAGUGCUUCAUGGAAUGCUGCUGUCCAAGAUAUGGAAGAUCUCAAACAGUUCUGCCAAACUCAAGGUGCCCCUGAAGCUAAUAAUUUGAGUCAUUGGGACAUUAGCUUUUGGAGUGAGAGGCUUCGUGAGUCAAAGUACGAAAUUAACGAGGAAGAGUUGCGCCCAUAUUUCUCGUUGCCUAAAGUUAUGGAUGGACUUUUCAACCUUGCAAAGAUGCUCUUUGGGAUUGAUAUUGAACCAGCUGAUGGUUUAGCUCCAGUUUGGAACAAGGAUGUCAUAUUCUUUUGUGUCAAAGAUUCUACUGGUAAUCCGAUCGCGUACUUCUAUUUUGAUCCAUAUUCUCGUCCAUCUGAAAAAAGGGGAGGUGCUUGGAUGGAUGAGGUUGUUGCUCGAAGUCGUGUACUUUCACGUGAUGAUGGCUCUCCUAGGUUGCCUGUUGCUCACAUGGUGUGCAAUCAAAUGCCACCAGUAGGGGACAAACCAAGCCUUAUGACUUUCCGUGAGGUUGAGACGGUCUUCCAUGAGUUUGGUCAUGCACUUCAGCAUAUGCUGACGAAGCAGGAUGAGGGUCUGGUUGCUGGUAUUCGAGGCAUAGAGUGGGAUGCUGUUGAAUUACCUUCUCAAUUCAUGGAAAAUUGGUGUUAUCAUAGGGAUACUUUGAUGGGCAUAGCAAAGCACUAUGAAACUGGAGAGAGUCUCCCUGAAGAAAUCUAUAAUAAGCUCCUUGCGGCUCGAACUUAUCGUGCAGGUUCCCAAAGUCUUGGUCAGUUGAGAUUCUCAUUUCUUGAUUUGGAGUUGCAUACCAAGUAUGUUCCUGGUGGAUCAGAAUCAAUAUAUGAUGUUGAUCAGAGGGUUAGUAAAGGAACACAAGUGAUCCCUCCAUUGCCAGAGGACAGAUUUCUUUGCAGUUUUAGCCAUAUAUUUGCAGGAGGAUAUGCUGCUGGAUACUACAGUUACAAGUGGGCAGAGGUGUUGUCUGCGGAUGCAUUCUCGGCAUUUGAGGAUGCUGGAUUAAAUGAUGAAAAGGCUGUCAAAGAAACAGGGAAAAGGUUCCGGGAAACAAUACUUGCUCUCGGAGGUGGAAAAGCACCAAUGGAGGUGUUUGUGGAAUUCCAAGGACGUGAACCUUCUCCCGAGGCGCUGCUCAGGCACAAUGGGUUAUUGUCGGUCUCAACCUCUGCUUGAAAUGCCGAUGUUUGUCGGUCUCUGCCUUAGCCUCUGCUCAGGCACAAUUGACAUGGAGGCUUUCGGCAUGCUAUUUGACGGUCUCUGCCUUAGCCUCUGCUCAGGCACGAUUGACAUGGAGGCUUUCGGGAUGCUAUUUGUCUCACUUACUACUCAGAAUAGAUAGGGCCUUACAUCCGUUAUUAUGGAUGUUUUAAGCCUUUAGUGCACAAAAUAUGAAGUCGUUGCUGGCAGUAAUUUUCUUGACUGGUGGCUUUUUUUGUACUAUUUCUUGGAAGAUUAUGAAUUACAGCAGAAGUGUUAUUUACUACUUAUUUCUUUCUUUUUAUGCUUUGAGUGUUGCGGUCAAUUUUUCAAAUGUAGUUCCAUCAGCAUUCAAAUUUGAGGAACGGUUUCACUAUUCUUUGAGAAAGCCAGGCAGUAAUAACAAUCUCAUUACUAUGAAAGUAAAAGCACCUGCAAUCAUGAGAAAUAAAAGAUGUAAAAGCUUUGCCCUUCAAA